CCCACCCCCGGUUGUGGCACUCGAGGAGCCCUUUUCCAGCGGAUCCCUCUCGGAGUGGAGCAGUGAGGUUGGUGGUGCUCAGCGCCGGGCUCCGUGCUGCCCCUUUUCACCGCUCUCCUCCCGGUUUGCGGCUCCGAGGCGAACCGAGUAAAUGCCAUCUCAGAUACACGCCCGAAAAUAGCGAAGGAGGAAACAAAACAACGCCAAAUCGACUCUGAUAAAAUAGGGCCAAAGUUACCGGAGUUAGGAGUGUGUCGCUAUGCUCUAGAAACCUUUAGAAGGGAGGAGCAAAAUGCACUGCUAAUUCCCUUUGCUCUUAUCUUUCUGUCUCUUAUUGCAUAGAAUGAAUCCAAAACACAAUUUGCAUUGCUGCAAAACCUCUCUAAAUAGAGUUUAUCCUGCUGGAUUUGCUCUGGUUUCUUCCUGUGAUUCUAUGCAGCUCCUUGCUUUGCUAAAACCAAAUCCUGGACACAACAGCUAAGCCACGAUAUCACCUCCAGCAGAAAACAUGCUAACAUUUGUCCUUCGGGUGAGGAAAACCCUUUGAGAUGAAAUUUGAGAGUGAUUCAGUUCUUGCUGAUCUUUCUCAUCAAGAGACCAAGCAGUAGCAAUAGUUCCUCAUUGUCAUCCGUCAACAAUGUUGGGAGAUGAAGCACAUCACCAACUCUGGUGACCUUCAGCCUUUGGCUGAAUGCUGCCUGCUGCAGCUCCUGCUGCCCUGGGGCUCAGCUUAAGUCCCCCAUGCUCCACCUUUAGGAUCCAUCAGCUUUAGGGUCACCACCUUCAGUGCCACCACCUUUGCACUGAGGCCACAGCCAGGCUCUGCUGUCUCUUUAGGGCUCAGCUCCCCCCCACACCCCAUUAAGGGGGCUGUGUUACCCCUCUCCCCCCAGAAAUCUUCCCAAGGGCGUAUGGAACUGCUUGGAGUCAACUGCUUCAGAAAACAGCACUUGCAAGCAAAACUCUUAAUUUUCCAGAGAACGAAGCCAAGAAAACAUUAACAGAUUUUUAAGGGGAACCAUUAUCCACUUUGCUGCUGGUGGUAUUUCAGGAUGUGGGUGAUGCUGCAAGCAGGACCUGAGCUCCACGCUGGCUCAUGACCAGGGGUGAUGUUGGAGAGGAGCUCCUGCUGAUGGAGGAAGAAAAGGGGAAAAAGAGAGUGGGGGUUUCAGGCUCCUGUCUGGGGCAACCUGGGGCUGGUGAGGAUCUAGAGCAAGAACGCAGACAGCACGUCACAGCACGGGGAAGUCAGCUCACCCUGGUGCAGGGUGAAGUGACGCCCGGCUCUUCCAGCCCAGUGGCUGCAGCUUUGCUCUCAUCCUGGAGCAGACACACACACAGCAAUGAGGGGCAUGGCCUGGCACUGCCUGGCAGGCUGAGAAUCCAGCCCUCGUUGUGGAGUAAGGACGAUGUCAUGCACUGGCUCAGGUGGGCAGAGAGGGAGUAUUGCCUUCAGCAAACGGAUGAAAGCAAGUUUGAAAUGAAUGGCAAAGCCCUGUGCAUCCUCACCAAGGACGACUUCAGGUUCCGCGCUCCUGGCUCAGGCGAUGUGUUGUAUGAAUUACUUCAGUACAUUAAGACUCAAAGAAGAGCUCUGAGGUACAGUCCUUUGCUGAAAUCACCCUUCCGAGAGGCCAAGGGCACAGGGGAAGGGCUCUGGAAGAUGUCCUGGGAUCCACCUCAGUGCAGCACGAGGUUUUCCCUUUCAGGGAUGGACGACGGUGCAGAGGCUGCCCUGGCUGCUCCCUCACCCUGCCUGGAACACACUGAGCUGCCCCCAUCCCACAGCCUCCAUCAGCCCCUGAACCUCUCCCAUCCCAGCACUGAGGGCAGCUGCAGGGCAGAAUCCAUCCGCUUUUUUCCUACAGCCCCAUCAGCACCAGUGGAUGGGAAAAUCGCAGACUGCAGGCUGCUGUGGGAUUACAUCUACCAGCUCCUGUCCGACAGCCGCUUCGAGCCCUACAUCAAGUGGGAGGACAAAGAGGCCAAGCUCUUCCGCAUCGUUAACCCCCAUGGACUCGCCCAUCUCUGGGGGAACCACAAGAACCGCAUGAACAUGACCUAUGAGAAGAUGUCCCGAGCGCUCAGACAUUACUACAAGCUUAACAUCAUCAAAAGGGAACCGGGGCAGAAGCUGCUGUUCAGAUUUCUGAAGACACCUGAGGAGAUCAUCCAGGAGAAAUCCAGCAGGCUGGAGCAGCUGGAGAACAUGGAGCACGAGGAGCUCAGGGAAGAGCUGCUGGAGGUUUCAGUGCAGGACACCACGGAAAGCUGUGUGUGCAGUGCUGUGCAGGGGGACCUGUGCUCUGCUGGGAAGUGCCAGCACCUCCUGCUCCCUGCACAGAAGGCAGCAGAGGGGGUCCUGGAUUCCAAAAGUUGCCUUGAGCCAAAGCUGUGAUGCCUCGAAGCUGUUGGGAAAGGCUGCUUGGUUGUUACAGUGAGAUGAACACACGUGCAGGGUCACCAGUGCACUGAUGUUGCCUUGACCUGCUAUAGGACUCACCCUGCAGAUGUGCUGCGCACUGUGAUCUGUCUCCUGUGGAGCUGCGAUUAAGGGUGGGAAUGUGCUGAAGAGAUGGCCUGAAUCCUGGCUGGAGCUGCAGGCUGUACAGAUGUUCUACUGGGUCUUGUUUUAACUGCUUUUAAUCACGCUUUGUGUAACCAUACGGCUAAAUGAUGUGACACGAAACAGG